AAUGCCGAAAUCUCCGUCUUUGAAGUGAACAUCCGUUUUGUUGGAGGCCUGCUGUCUGCCUAUUAUCUCUCAGGCAAAGAGGUGUUCAGGAGAAAAGCUGUUGAACUAGGAGAGAAGCUGUUGCCGGCUUUUAAGACCCCUACUGGUGUCCCUUGGGCUCUUCUCAACCUAAAGAGUGGGAUCGGCAGAAACUGGCCAUGGGCGUCAGGAGGAAGCAGUAUUCUUGCCGAAUACGGGACGCUGCAUUUGGAGUUCAUGCAUCUCGGUGCACUUUCGGGAAGACCAGUUUUUGCCGAGAAGGUAAUGAACAUCAGAAAAGUGCUGAAUCGACUGGACAAACCUCAAGGAUUGUACCCAAAUUACCUGAACCCUAACAGUGGACAGUGGGGCCAGCAUCACGUCUCAGUUGGAGGCUUGGGGGACAGUUUCUAUGAGUACCUGCUGAAGGCCUGGCUCAUGUCAGACAAAACUGACGAGGAGGGAAAGAAGCUUUACUAUGAUGCCCUGCAGGCGAUUGAGAAGAAUUUGAUCCGUAAGUCAAGCGGAGGGUUGACGUAUAUCGCUGAAUGGAAAGGUGGACUCCUGGAGCAUAAGAUGGGUCACCUGACCUGCUUCGCCGGUGGUAUGAUCGCUUUAGGGGCGGACGGAGCCCCCGAUGAUAAGACGGGUCACCAGAUGGAACUGGCGGCUGAGAUCGCCCGCACGUGUCACGAGUCUUACGCCCGGACAAGUAUGAAGCUGGGUCCCGAGGCCUUCCGUUUCGACGGCGGCGUAGAAGCCAUCGCCACACGGCAAAAUGAGAAAUACUUCAUCCUGAGGCCGGAGGUCAUUGAGACGUACAUGUACAUGUGGAGGUUCACCCACGACCCCAAAUACAGACAGUGGGGCUGGGAGGCGGUGCAGGCUCUGGAGAAGUACUGCAGGGUGGACGGGGGUUACAGCGGAGUGAGAGACGUCUACGCUAACACUCCCAACCAUGAUGACGUGCAGCAGAGCUUCUACCUGGCUGAAACACUCAGGUAUCUGUAUCUUUUGUUCUCCGACGACGACCAUUUGCCCUUCGAACACUGGGUGUUCAACACGGAGGCCCAUCCUCUUCCUGUCAUUAAGAAACAGAACCCAGAAAUAGCAAACCAACUCAAGUAAUCUUCAUCCAACCCCAAAGCGCCACUGAGACGUAACUUCCUGAACCUGCUUUAACAGUGGACAAGAGCUAUGGACGCAGCCCCCCUGUGGCUGGAGAGUUCUUAUCCUCCAGGACUUCUGCUGGAGCUUCACGUGUUUCUCCACAGCUGUCUCUUCUCGGGAUUCUGCAUGCUGCCCUGUCACCCUCUCUCUGUCCCUGAUUCUGUGGACACGUCUCUCAGAGCCUCAGAGACCCAGAAGGAACAUAUUUCCUCUGUGAGGAGACCAAAUCAGAUCAUUUUCCAUCGUACUUGCCCUCUCACACACGUUAUAAAGCCAUAGGUAAUUACAUCAAAUUGCAUCAACGUCUGUUUGUGUUUUUUGCAUCAUGUGCAUUUACAGGAGCGAAGCUAAGAGAUAUCCACUGAACAUCGCCGUCUCUUGCUGUCUGUUUCUUUCGGGAUGAGGUUUGGUUCGGUGUUUUGAGGCUUUAUUCGACAGCAAGAUAGUGAAACCAAGUCAACUAGUGCCUUUUAGUCUUACUGAUCAUUUUAGUCAAGUUUUAAUAUCGCUGUAUUUAUUUUCGCUGUGACCGAAGGUUUCUUCCUACUGGCCUACAGCCCUCCUACCCUCUUAAUGGAUGUAAGAAUCAGUCAUUUAUCAUUCAUUCCUCUACAUUUGUGAGCUUACUUUGUUUCUUAAAAUGUGUACAAAAUGUGUUUUGAUUGUUUACUUAAUCAAUGGAGGAAGGACAUGUAAAAUAGAGUACUUUGUGUUAACUUAUUACUCCAGACGUAGGGAUUUUUUGUCUUUUUUCAGUGUGGAGGCCAGGAAACUACAGAGACUCUAAGAGGACACGAUGAUAGGAAAAAAAUAUGAGAUGAGAGGAAAAAUUUACAAUUCAAUGCAUUAAAAACUAUUGUGUUUUCCCGAGAAGUUUUACGUUCGCUCGCAAACACUGAAAUUUAAUUUUUCCUCCCACUUUAUUUCCAUCACAAGAAUUUUGCAAGCAAAUGCAAAAGAUUUGUGAGCAAGCAGACAAGUUUUUUAUGAGCAAAUAAUUCUCUAUGGAACGCAGGUUUUGUGAGCGCAAACAAAAGUUUGGCGAACGAAAGCAAAAGUUUCUCUGUGGAACACAAAAGUUUCACGAGCUAACGGCAAGUUCUGCGAACAAGCGCAAAAGUUUCUCUGUGGAACGCUCAAGUUUCGCAAGGGAAUGCCAAACUUUUUGUGAGAGAACUCUAAAGUUUUGAGAGCGAACACAACGUUUCGCUGUGGAUUGCAAAAAUUUUGCAAACAAAUGUUUUGUGAGCAAAUGCAAAAGUUUCACAAGUGAACGCAAAAGUUCCUCUGCGGAACGCACAAAGGUUUCGCGAACAAGUGCAAAAGUUUCACAUUUUUGGGGGGGAAUGCUGAAUUUUGCGGGCGAACGCACAGUUUCUUGAAGGAACGCAAACGUUUUUGUGAGCGGACCCAAUAAAACGCAUCAGCAUUGAAAUAUAAUUUUUCCUCCUAUCUAAUCACCAGGUCCUUUUAGGAGCUUUGGAGUAAACCGCAAUGAAGCUGCUCGAAUCCAUUGGAAAAGUGUUUUAUUAGGACAACACGGGCAGCAUCAGUCAAAAAGGGGAGUGAAUAUUUGUAUGAAUGUACCACCAAAUGUGAAUUGGACAUACUUUGGCCUAAAUGUUGUGAUUUAUCAUUUUAUCUGUUUGUUUGUUUGUUUGUUUGUUCAUUUGAUUUAACAUGAAAGCACAAAGAUGUGAAUCAGUAUAUUCGGGUUCUCCGUGAAGAAUAGGAAUAGUAUUCCUGUAGGACAGUGUGACAGCACAAGUGAGGAAUUUCGAUGGAAAAAGAUGCAAACCAAUGAAUGCAAAGCAGUCCACGGCACUGGAUACAACACACACACAUACAAAAGAAUCACAUACACUAGAUCUAUUACACUUCACAUAGCCACAUUCCAAUUCAUAGAGGAACGGACCAAUUCCCAUCUCAUUUGGGAAUUUGACACCUUAAAUUUGAGGCUUGAAAGGCAGGAUUAAGGUCUGUUGUGGAGUGGGGCUGAUGCUAGCGUCUACAUUUAGACAGAGUUCCCAAAACUACACAAAACUAAACCACCCUACUUAACUAGCAUGGUGUGGUGCUUUAACCAAUGUAUUAUACUAGUAGAUCUACGU